AUGACUUCGCAAUUACGAGCUGCGGCGGCGGCGGGCGGCGAGCCCGGAGUUGGGCGCAUUGAAACCGCCGCUGCUGUCUCUCCCUCGCUGCGCACACCCAACAUCAACGACUUCAACAGCCCACGCACGACUCUUGCUCGCACCAGCUCAGGCCCGGCCAUCUCCCACUACCUCCAAGACCCGCCCCGAAACUCCGACGCCCCGCAUCGCGCCCCACCGCCAGCCAUGGAGCAGUUCAGCGUUGCCAUGAUGAACCGCUCCGUGCGGAACAUCAGGACAGAGCUCGACUUCCUCUGCGAUGCCGGCCACAUCACCCUCGCCCAGUUCAACACCAUCGUGUCGCAGCUACCCGACGCCGCCCCGAGCCGCGCCUCGUCCGUCGCGCCCGUUGCGUCGCCUCAGCCUACUCCCGCCCCCGCCGUCGCCGCGACGCCCGCCCUACCCGUCCGCAACAGCACUCCCGCGAACGCCGCCCCCUCGCAACCGCCCGCCCACAACGAGAAGGUCGGCUACUACGCCAGCAACCCCACCCCGCCCCCGCCCGCCUAUGCCGCCGCGCCGCCCGCUCCCGCUGCUCUCUGCACCGCCACUGCUCUGUAUGCCUACAGUCCUACUGAUGCCGGAGAUCUGGCUCUCCAGGCCAAUGACCGUGUCCAGGUCACCGAGUACAUGAACGCCGAGUGGUGGAAGGGCCGCAGCGAACGCACCGGCCAAGAGGGCAUUUUCCCACGCUCCUACGUGCGCGUCGAGGACUCCAAGAUGCCUGCAGCCGGUCCCACGCCUGCCCAGCAGAGCAUGGGCUACGGCAACAUGCCCAUGGCCGUCUCCCAGGGCGGCGACCAGCAGAACGGCCAGCCGAGCAAGGGCGGAGAAAUGGGCAAGAAGGUCGGCAAGAAGCUGGGAAAUGCCGCCCUCUUCGGUGCUGGUGCCACCUUUGGCUCCAACAUUGUCAACGGCAUUAUGUGA